UGUUGUGACUAAAAACAAAUAGCAUCAGAACGGCAGAAGGUUGAGUGCGAACGGCGGCAGAGAUCCGACAACGGCGUGAACGGCAGCCGUUGGUGGUAGCUGCGGCACUCCCAUCGGAAGAUAGUUGCUGGUUUGCGGCCUAAAAAGGCUCUGAUGCGGCUCGAAUAGCUCUGUUGCAGCUUGAAAGGGGGCAUGCUUCAACAAUGAAUCAACGCAGGUUUAGAUUGUGAGACUUGAUUAUGCCUCUUGGAUUUUCAAAAGGGUACCACAAUGUAUAAGAAAAAUCUAUGCUUGAUGUGUAGAACUCUAGUUUCAAGGUACACAACAACCACCUGCAACAAUGUCAUGUCAAACUCAUAUGUUUUCGAACAUACUCUUGUAACCCAGUUGGAAUCUAUGUUCCGGGCUUGUUCAGAUGUUUCUGUGGUGAAACAAGUCAAACAAAUUCAUGCUCAGGUUGUGGUUAGUGGUAUGAGUGAUAGUAGCACUCUGAGUUCAAGGAUUUUGGGGAUGUAUGUUCUUUGUGGUAGUAUGAAGGAUGCAGGGAACUUGUUUUUCAGGGUUGAGUUAUGCUAUUCUCUUCCUUGGAAUUGGGUGAUAAGAGCCUUUUCGAUGUCGAGGCGGUUUGAUUUUGCCAUGUUGUUUUACUUCAAGAUGUUGGGCAGUAAUGUUGCACCUGAUAAAUAUACAUUUCCUUAUGUGGUUAAGGCUUGUGGCGGUUUGAAUAGCGUGCCAUUGUGCAAGAUGGUUCACGAUAUGAUCCGGUCCUUGGGACUUAGCAUGGAUUUGUUUGUUGGUAGUUCUUUGAUCAAGUUGUAUGCAGAUAAUGGUCAUAUUAAUGAUGCAAGACGUGUGUUUGAUGAACUGCCUGUGAGGGACAACGUUUUGUGGAAUGUCAUGCUCAAUGGUUAUAAGAAAGUUGGGGAUUUUGACAAUGCAAUAAGAACUUUUCAGGAAAUGAGGAACUCUAAUUGUAUGCCUAAUUCGGUGACUUUUGCCUGUAUUUUAUCCAUAUGUGAUACAAGAGGGAUGCUCAACAUUGGUAUGCAGCUUCAUGAUCUUGUCAUUGGUAGUGGGUUUCAGUUUGAUUCCCAGGUAGCAAACACCCUAAUUGCCAUGUAUUCAAAAUGUGGGAACCUUUUUUAUGCUCACAAGGUAUUUAAUACGAUGCCACUGACUGAUACAGUGACUUGGAAUGGAUUGAUUGCUGGAUAUGUACAAAAUGGAUUUACAGAUGAGGCUGCACCUUUGUUUAAUGCAAUGAUCUCCGCUGGAGUCAAACCAGAUUCAAUAACUUUUGCAAGUUUCCUUCCUUGUAUCCUUGAAUCUGGGAGUCUAAAACAUUGUAAGGAAAUUCAUAGUUAUAUAGUGCGACAUGGUGUGGCUUUGGAUGUCUAUUUGAAGAGCGCUCUUAUUGACACAUACUCCAAGGGUGGAGAAGUGGAGAUGGCAUGUAAGAUCUUCCAGCAGAACACCUUGGUUGAUGUUGCGGUAUGCACAGCUAUGAUCUCGGGCUAUGUGCUUAAUGGGCUGAACACUGAUGCUAUAAGCAUUUUUAGGUGGUUAAUUCAGGAGGGAAUGGUGCCUAAUUGCUUGACCAUGGCUAGUGUUUUGCCAGCUUGUGCUGCUUUGGCGUCUUUGAAAUUAGGGAAAGAAUUGCAUUGUGUCAUUCUGAAAAAAAGACUGGAGCAUGUGUGUCAAGUGGGAUCUGCCAUCACAGACAUGUACGCAAAAUGUGGAAGAGUGGAUCUAGCAUAUCAAUUUUUCAGAAGAACGACUGAACGAGAUAGUGUAUGUUGGAACUCAAUGAUCGCAAACUUUUCACAGAAUGGGAAACCAGAAAUGGCUAUUGAUCUAUUUCGUGAAAUGGGAGUUAGUGGAACCAAGUUUGAUUCUGUGAGCCUAUCAUCUGCUCUCUCUGCUUGUGCAAAUUUACCAGCACUCUAUUAUGGGAAAGCGUUGCAUGGCUUUGUGGUAAGAAAUGCAUUUACUUCUGACACUUUUGUUGCAAGUGCACUGAUAGACAUGUAUUCUAAAUGUGGAAAGCUAGCUUUGGCUCGGUGUGUGUUUGACCUGAUGGAUUGGAAGAAUGAAGUUUCAUGGAACAGCAUCAUUGCUUCCUAUGGAAACCAUGGUUGCCCUAGAGAAUGCCUUGAUCUAUUCCAUAAGAUGGUAGAAGCUGGGAUUCACCCUGAUCAUGUUACUUUUCUUGUUAUAAUAUCUGCUUGUGGCCAUGCUGGCCUAGUUGAUGAAGGCAUACACUACUUCCGUUGCAUGACUGAGGAAUAUAGGAUCUGUGCUAGGAUGGAACACUAUGCAUGCAUGGUAGAUUUGUAUGGUCGUGCCGGUCGUUUGCAUGAAGCAUUUGAUACUAUAAAGAGCAUGCCAUUCACUCCAGACGCAGGCGUGUGGGGUACACUUCUUGGAGCUUGUCGGAUUCAUGGAAAUGUUGAGUUGGCUAAACUUGCUUCGAGGCAUCUUUUUGAAUUAGACCCGAAAAAUUCAGGAUACUAUGUAUUGCUUUCAAAUGUACACGCUGGUGUUGGGGAAUGGAAAGAUGUUCUUAAGAUACGAAGUUUAAUGAAGGAAAAAGGAGUUCAGAAGAUACCUGGAUACAGCUGGAUUGACGUCAAUGGUGGCACCCAUAUGUUUUCUGCCGCUGAUGGAAGUCACCCACAAUCUGUUGAGAUUUAUAUGAUUUUGAAGAGUCUUCUUCUUGAAUUGAGAAAACAGGGUUAUGAUCCUCAACCUUACCUUCCACUGCACCCACAAAUCAUGAGCAACAACUUAGUGGAAAUUAAUUGAUGUUUUUCACAUUCUCAGCAUCAGCCAUACCAAAUAUUUCUUGGUGCAACCCAUGUCACCAUUAAAUGACUUCUUAUUGAACUUAUGGGUAUGCUUUCAAAUAUCCAGUCUAUUGAUAAUUUUUAAAGUUGGGACUGCUCAUCAUCAUAUCAAUUUCGUAGCACUAACAUAUAGUUCCAAUUUAUAGUUCGAAUAAUAUUACAUGAAUGUUGGUAACUACUUAAGAAUUGUCAAUUACUUGAUUUAUGAGCUUCAUGUAUUUGCUAAAUCAGGUUAGGUUGGUCAUUCUUGCAACUUCUAUGCUCCAUCUUUAUUCUCAAAUUCCACUUGCAGAUUCUGUUACAUUCA